AUGGGGUGGCGGGUGCAGCACACGUGCCACCUGGGGAGCGAAGUGGAGAUGCGCGUGGGCGGAGACUUCGUCUACGACCCGCGCGUCGGCGACCCGACGACUGACCUCCUCCUGGUGGCGGGCGGGAUCGGCGUCAACCCGCUCUACUCCAUGAUUCAGCACGCCGCAGACCUGCUGCAAGAGGGCGCCACGGGCAUCGCCGUCGCCAAGCCGCGCGCGGUCACGCUGCUGUUCAGUGCGAAGACGAGGCAGGAGCUGAUACACAGGAGGACUCUGCAGAUGCUGUCGGAAGAGUUUCCAACGAUUAACGUUCGGCUAUUCGUAACGCAGGAGCCAGAGGCAGGCGAUGUCAACAUCGCUGUGGGCAGGAUAGGAGAGGCGCAGCUCCGCGACGCGUUAGAUGGCCUCGAGAAGAGCGCCACCUGGUGUUACGUUUGCGGCCCGACCCCGAUGAUCGACGAGGUCGAGACUGCGCUACAGAAGCUCGGCGUCACCAAGGAUCGCAUCCGGGCGGAGAAGUGGUGUUAGGAACGCGUGCGCGCGCUGGCGGGGAACGCUCCCUCGGACGCCGCCUUCGCUCUCUCGCUGCGUCGGUCGUCACGUAGGUGGCAGCACGGUUGCGGCGUGCUCCGCCUUGUCGUUCUGCGAGCGAAGUGGCUAAACUGGCGGCGGUUUCACGAGCUAUCAGCCCGGCUUUCUACGUGCGUCCGCGCCGCGGUUGCAUGAAAAUUUAUAUAUUCGGUGUGCAGCCGUUCGCUCACUACUUAUGCGCUGUAGACAGUUGUUAGGUCGUUCCUGUGUUCUUUGUAUCGUUUAACUGCAAAGGCGAAACCUUGGCUACUUUAUACCCGUAAUGGGGUUAAGUCUAACCAUUCGUGUUGCUACGACAGACGUUGAAGGGGGGGGGAGAGGUCAACGAGGAAUAUUGCAAUGAAGAUAUAGUCCAGAAAUGGUUUGGUGCUUUGAACUCUGGUCAUGAAACGUCCACUGAUUGGUAGUUUUUCAUACGUACUCGUAAGAAAACUACAAACCGUUUCCUUCCUAUACAUUUUAAAAGGAUCGAACGUUGUCUUAACUGGCCUUGGUUUUUUGCACGCAUUACAGUGAAAAUUGAAUCAUGUAUUCAAAUGUGGAGUGGUAAGGAAUCAACAAGAGCGCUUAUGAUUAUAAAUCGUCGAUAUGUAUUAGAGCGAUAAACAACAAGAGACUGUUGUGUGACGAGUUCAACUGUCUUUUGGAGUUUGUAGCUCCAUCUUCUGUGCAUGAAGUAUGAAAUUAUGCCACUUCUCCAGAAUGUAUUAAAACAUUCCAAGGUAUUAAAUACUAAUUUAAAAACUAAUUUAUUUGAAACAGUGUAAUUAUGAUGUCAUUAAAAUUAGGUGCUUCCUGUGCAUUUUCUCUCUUCCUAGUAGAAUUUUUGGUUGUUUCUGUAAUAAAUGCAUUAUGAUACAUUUUGUAAAUAAGAAGACUAGUUUUGUGUUCAGGUUGCUCAUGAUGUGUAGCCACACAUGUAGACAGAUUUAGCAAACUGCUGCCUGCAGUGCAAUACUCAUGUAGACUUUAUACAGCGUGACUUUAUAUGCCAUCCUUGUUGUCUGCUAUGCACAAAGAUGCUAGUUCAGCGGAGAACCGGAGCGAAGUCGAGAAACUUUCGCAUUGGCGCUUGUAUAUUUCAUGUGACAUCAUUCACUAUAUACACGCGUAUUGCAGUAAUUACGUUACUGAUGAUUAGAUAGUAGUGGCAUUGAUCACCAGGUGGCAGCUUUCUGUGUGACUCAAAGCGGUUAAAAUAAAUUACUUUGCUGCCCGACAUA